AUGAAUGUAAGGUCAUUGCUUGCACUGCAUUUCGCCAUGGCCGAUUGCGGUUUGCAAUUGGCAAUUUGUGUGGCAUGUGCUAGCUUGAAGUUUCUUUUUUCAAACAGGGCUCACGUCCCCUUGCUUGAUGCAUUUGUUGCAUUGUCACUCCUGCCUACACUUUGUACUGGCCGACCAGUGCACCACGAGAACUGCAUCACACGAACACAUCGCGAUACAGCAGAUGCUUGGAGCCUCAUUGCUAUCCGCAGGCACUUCAACCACAAGUCUUCAUGCCAAGUCGGAAGGGGGGUGCAGCAAUGUGGCGGCCACUUGAGCAAGCAGGAGUGA